UGUAAAAAAUGGACGAAAUGCGGGGCGGAGUUCAUAAAACGCGCAUGCGCCAUACACGCAGUCAGCUGUAAAUUGCUGAAAUGGACUGUGUUGAAAAUUACAACAAUUUUUAAACUUUUUCAAGCAUAUUCGUUGAAUUCCAACUCGAAAAAUGUUGUGAUGUACCUCUAGACUGAAUCGCGAUCUUGUUUCGUCGAUGUUUCUCCGUUAAUUUCCGACCUCCCACCUUGCCUGAUGUAGAUGCAUAAACCUCUUUCAUGAUAAAGAGGUAGUUAACAAUAGAUAAAACACUUAACUAGAACGCUCAAAUUCCUUCUUCACUGCCCAUCACAGAACAUGGCUACUAUAAUGUACCCAAGUCUUACAAAAUCACAGUCAAUGAGAUCCAAGAGAAAAUCAGCUGUGGAGCUGUUAGCUGAGAGCAAGCCAUUCUAUGUUAAGUCUGAGGUUGUGAGAGACAACACUCAGCAGUUACCUAUAAGAAGCCAUUCCAAUUUUGGGGCUUAUGGAACUUACCAUCGUUGCAAGGGUGUUAAUGUUACAAGUAUAGUUCCAGGGAAUAGCUAUAAUAAGCCUCCUACCAGUUUUCCUCAGUAUAUGGCAGUAUCUCCUUCGCGGUCUUUACCUCCUUUAACUCACAGAAGAUCGGUUCACUCUCCAGCAGCUCCUCCUCAUCCACCAAACUCAAAUGAUCUUCUUCAAAAUCGCCUGCGUCAACUUCUGGUGUGCGAUAGUGCAGAAGAACUCCGUGUAGAUCAGAUGGCUCCAUUGAGUCCCCCAGCUGAAUACUCAUCACAGCGCUGUCAUAAAAGCCUCCCAGACUUGCACUGUAGAGGGAGUAGUGGUAGUGGAGGUGCUGAACCUAGUUCUAAUAAAAGCAGUAACAAAAGUUUGUCAAAUAGAGACAGCGGGGGUUCUAGUGGACAUUACACCCAAAGAAGCGAACCCGCGCCCCCUCCCAGACAAUUUUGUUCGCCCGAAACUCGUCGCGACAGUGGUUCAAGCACCCAGCACAGUGGGGGAAGUUCGUACUAUUGCUGUCAAGAACCAGAAUGCAGGGCUUCACGUCAAAUAGCAUAUCCUGCGCCCCCUAUAUCGGCUUUUAAGAGGCAGAAAUGUCUGAGGUAUAAACGCGAUAGACCUAUUUUAAGAUCAAAGUCUGAUAUUAGUGAUCGUUACUGGAGACCUCCAGAACCUCCUACAAGCCAUCUAGAGCAGUUUUUUGAGCAUUUGGGACUGACUUCAGAUAGCUAUGAGGAGAUGUUGAGUGGCAGUGGACAUUCUUCAGACAGUCCAGUGUUUUUCUCUGACGUUUCGACGGUGGAUUCGUCAAGACCGCUUGAAAGUAUUGAUUGCUGUCCUCAGCAAAGUUAUAGAAAUAGUGAACCACCAUCAAUUGUUGAAAGGAACGCGAGAAUAAUAAAAUGGUUGUGCAAUUGUCGCAAGUCUCAGCUGACAUAAAAAUAUUUCACAGUUUGAGCAGUUCGGAAAAAAUAUUUGGUGUGAUCUUUGAAACUAUGUAGGAGAAGCAGUGGAGUACAGAUGGCUUUUUACAGGAAUGAUUAAAUGAAAUUUCAGGGUAGAAUUGAAAUUGUGACUCAUAGCUCAAAUAAUAUAUGUGUCGUAGAAUUAAAAAUA